GUGUGUGUGUGUUCAGUAGGCGGAAGGUGUUGUCACCGUAGCAACAGUGUUUCUGAGUGUGAUUGGCUGACUCCUUUUAUCACACUGCUUCACUCUUUUUCCCAGGCAGAACCGAGAGGCCUCGGAACCGAGAACAUCCACAGAACCUGAGGGUUCUAUCUCCAAUCUGCCAAUCAUCUCGACUCAACCUCUAGGAAUUACCAUAACAUGGAUGUGACGAUGGGUCCAAACUGAGUCAAUCAAAAAAGAUUUUGAUCCGGAACCUUCAGAGGAACCCACAGCAGAACCCACAUGGACCUAUCAGUCUCAGACUGGUGGUUGCAGGUUGGUCAGCGUAGUGGAUAAACCCUCGUGUGGAGUCUGGUGGCAUGAGGAGCUGCAGAUAAGAAUACAGAAGGGACCAUAACAAGGGCAAGUAAUCAAGUGAACGACUUAAACACUGUGCUGGAACAGACCCGGGUCCCGGUGUUCAGGAGGCACUAGGACCCAGAGGAAGCAGCAGCUCAGAGUGCACACCUCUAUACAUCACUGCAAUCAGAGAGAGAGAGAGAGAGAGAGAGGAGGACAGGAUGUUCAGUGGAUUCCUCUCUCCUCCAUCCCUCCAUCCUUCUUCUCCUCCUCCGCCGCUCACUGGCUCCAUCACCCAAACGAGUGUGCUGCUUCCAUGCUGACUGCUCCUGAGGAGGAUGAAGAAGAUGAUGGAGAUGAUGAUGAGGUGUUGAGACCAGCUAACAAGAAGCAUCAUACCAGCAGGAAAUCUUUGCGGUAAGGCGAUGACGGUGGUGAAGAUAACCCCACUCUAGACCCAUGGGAAAUGGACUCAAACGUAACAUCGUCUCCCCCACCUUAGUUCCUCGUUUACCUCUAUGGAUUCACAGAGGAACUCCUCCCAGACGCCCACAUGGCUGGCCAACUCGUCACUCUCUGAGGAACCUGAAGGGGGCGCUGUGUCCCAGUUGUUUGUGCUGGUGGUCAUGGUGCUGAUGGAUGCUUUGGCCGUGGCUGGAAACGCUGCCGUCAUGCUGGUCAUAGCCAGGGCUCCUCAGCUGCGGAAGUUUGUGUUUGUGUUCCACUUGUGCCUGGUGGACCUGUUGGCGGCGCUGGUGCUGAUGCCCCUGGGCAUGAUGGGGAUGAUGUCUGGAACCGGUCGGACUUUCUUGGGCUCUGAGGCCCUGUGCCGCAGCUACCUCUUCCUGAGCAUAUGCCUGGUCAGCGCUGCCAUCCUGUCCAUCUGCGCCGUCAACGUGGAACGCUACUUCUACGUCCUUCACCCGAUGCGUUACGAAGUCCGUAUGACUCUGGGUUUGGUCGGCGGAGUUCUGGGUGGCAUCUGGAUGAAAGCACUGGUGAUGUCCGCUCUGCCUCUUCUGGCCUGGGUUCUGCAGGGUGGGCGGGCUCACAUGCUGGAUGCAGGAGGCAGUGGGGUUGACGGGGGUGGAGGUAAUGUCCCUGCCCCGUCGGCUCCCAAUCACACACACAGACGAUGCUCUCUGCACUGGAGUGGAGGCGGAGCCAACAGGAUAGCAUUCAUGGUCCUUUUUGCAUUGAUCUAUUUCCUGUGUCCACUGCUGCUGAUUUUGGUGGUGUACUGUAGCAUGUUUAAGGUGGCACGGGUGGCAGCUAUGCAGCAUGGCCCGAUGCCGACUUGGACCGAGACUUUGCGGCGAGGGCGCUCCGAGUCCCUCAGCAGUCGCUCCACCAUGGUCACGAGUUCUGGAUCCGGCUCCAGAUCCAGUUCCACGACUGGUACAGGUACCGGUGCACGUGGGACACCCCAUCGCCCAUUUGGAGGGGGCAAAGCUGCUGCCAUUUUGGCAGCUCUCGGUGGCCAGUUCCUGUUCUGCUGGCUGCCAUACUUCUCGUUCCACCUUUAUUCGGCACUCGCAUCCCUACAGCCCGCCUCUUAUGCACCGCUGGAGGAUGUCGUCACCUGGAUUGGUUAUCUGUGCUUCACUUCGAACCCGUUCUUCUACGGCUGCCUGAAUCGACAGAUUCGUCAGGAGCUCAGAAAGCACCUCCCCUUCCUGUUCCGCCCGCUGGCCGGAGACGAGCAGGAGCGCUUACCCAGCCGUGACGGAUCCAUACAGGAGAAUUUUAUGCAGUUCCUGCAGGGAACCGGCUGCAACAUGGAGAACCCGGACUCCCGCAAUGCCUCCAGCCCCAGAUCCUCCCCCCUCAGACGCUCCUCGUCGAUACCCCAGUCCCAGCCAAUCCCAAUCGACUUUCGCAUCCCGGGACAAAUCGCAGAAGAGACUAAUGAAUUUCUGGAGCAGCAUCAGAUAAAGAAUAAUCUUAUCAUUCCGGACAGCUAGAACUGGGAGUGCUCCAUGGAUCAUUUCAGGAUUUACCUCCACUCUAAAAUUAAAGUGAUACUUUGGCAGGGGUUCCCUAGAACAUUAACACAACUUAUGUAUGCGCAUUGAUCUUAACAUGCGGUUACCACCAUGGUAUAUGAACCUUACAGCAUCAGUGCUAUUCUAAAAAAUUUAAAACAAAUUCAGGCACCAGGGCCCAAUCCCAUUUAAAAUCUUGUCCCUAUCUUGUUUUCCUACAUGUUGUAAAAGCACAAAACGGAAUUGGUGUUCCAACUUUUGUUGGGAUAGCGUGGUAGAGUGUCCAUUACUUGUUGGGAUAGAGGGGUAGGUUGCGUCUCAAUUCUUGUUGGGAUAGAGCGGUAGGGUGCAUCUCAGUUCUAGUUGGGAUAAAGUGGUACAGUGCAUCUCAAUUC